UCCGUGGCUCUGGAAUCCAACUUGAGGCCAAAUCUGCAACCUCUGGAGCAUGACUUGAGGCCAGAUCUGCAACCUCUGGACACGGCUCUGGAAUCCACCUUCAGGCCAGAUCUGGGACCCUUGGACACGGCUCUGAAGGACAAUUUGAGGCCAGAUCUGUAACCUUUGGACACGGCUCUGAAGGACAACCUGAGGCCAAAUCUGUGACCCUUCCAUGGCUCUGGAGGACAACCUGAGGCCAAAUCUGUGACCCUUCCAUGGCUCUGGAAUCCAACUUGAGGCCAAAUCUGUGACCUCUGGAGCACGAUUUCAGUCCAGAUCCGUAACCUCUGGCCAAAGCCAAAGGGAUUUGGGGUCCUGGCGACUCCCAACCCGUAGGAUGUCCCCGUGCUCCGUGCUGGACAUGCCCCCAGCAUCUCCCCAGCCCCAGGACGGGCACUUUUGGCCCAUCCCGGUGUUUCUCCCGUUCCAGUUUCGCCCGGAGCGGGCGGCUGGAGCCUUUCAUGGGUGACGGGGCGGCCUCGGCGAACAAAGGGCGCUUUCUUCACCCGCACGGGGCAGAGCACACCUGCCCGCCUUGGCACCGCCGCCGGUGCCCCCGGGGCUGGGCGGCACCGCCGAUUCCCGGUUCCCGGGCGGUUCCCGGGCGUCAGCAGCCCCGGCAUCCCUCCCGCCCGCCCAGUCGCUGCCGGAGCCGGCGGAGGCUGCACGCUGGUGGGGAGCCGAGUCACCGCCACCCUCCUUGUCCCGUCCUCAUCGCCGCACGAUGCUCAGGGCUGCCUAGAGCCGGGGAAGGUCCUGCUGGUGCUGCCGCCGCUCCCUGGGUCCCCUUGUCCCCAAAUCCCAGCCCGCCGGGAGCCGCAGCUCGCAGGACGAAAGGCAGGAGGAGCACGGAGCUUCCCAAGCCAAUGGAUCAAAAAGUCCAGCUCCAGCACGAGAAGAACAUCCCCAGGGCCGCCAGGGCGGCUUUCUGCCUCCUCCAGAUCCCGGAGCCGGACCCCUUCAGCCUGUGGGUUUAGGUGCUCCCGGAGCCCGCCCGGUUUCGCCUCUCCGGGACCCGGUGGCACCGGCGGAGACCCCGCUCGUCCUCGGCCCCGGGGUCCCUGAUGGACCCUCCAGGAUCCCGCCUGCCCGGCCCGGCGCUGAGCACCACAUGAGUGUCGGAGCAGCAUGGCCAGCGACGCCAGGAUGGGGGAGACCCCGGCGCGGUGGAGAAGAGCCCCGGAGGCAGCGCAGGACCCGCGGGGGAUGGAGAGCAGCGGGAUGCUUUUACCCCCAAGCGCCGCUGCCCAGCUGGGACUCCCGGCCUACCCGGAGCCCGGCAAACUGAGCUACGGCACGGAGAAAGGAUGGCCCUGGAGGGGCUCCCAUGGAUGUUCGGGACCCGUCCGGGAGCUCGCCGGCCUGGGCUGCCCCUACCCGGCCGCCCUGUGCCGCCCCAAGGCCGGAGCCGAGCUCCCCCCGCUGCUGCCCCCCCGGAACGGGCAGCCCAAGGCGGGUUGGGGGGAGCCCUGCAAGGAGCCCCCGGGGCCGCGCUGGGCCGAGGCCGUGCUGGCCCCGCUGGCGCUUUACAGCCACGCGUACCACCGCUACCCGCUGCCGGUACCGGGGCUGGACGCGCCGCGCCCCGGCAUCACCGGCAAGCCCCGCGGUGCGACGGGGGAGGCGGCCGGAGACCCCCCGGCUUUCCGCCACUGCCCCUUCCUCGUGGAGACCGAGCACAGCCCCUUCCUGCUGUCCUCGCUGCUGCCCACCGCACCCCCGGCCGAGCCCCCGUUCGGCGGGGCGGGCGCGGAGGGACCGGGGGCGGUGGGGGCCGGCCCGGACUGGCGUUUGGGCCCCUACGCGGCCGCCUGGGGUCAGCCCCUCUACAUGGGGGUCCCGCCGAGGGGCGAGGCGGCUCCGGGCCCCUUGGAGUGCCCCGGCUCGGGGAACAAGGAGUUUUACGCCAAGAAAGGAGCCGGAUUCCACCCCUCGACCAAGAACCGCGCGGCGCCGCAGCUGCUGGGCAAGAGCCGAGCGGGGCAGGACAGAGGCGGGGAGGGGGAGCCGGAGCUGCCCGGAACCCCGCGGGGGGAUGGCCGGGCGGGGGGCAGCUCGGCGGUGCCCCCUCCCCAUCCCCGCACGCCUCCCCCCGGCUCCAGCCACCCCCUGUUCCUCCCGCAGCCCGCCUCGGGGGGCUGCGGGGGGCUCUGGGUGGGCUCACGGCCCCACGGUGCUGAUUUUACCGCGGACACCGGGCCGGGCCGGCCCUCGGAACCCAAAGAUGAGCGCCCGGGCUACCGAAACGCCCGGCCCGGCUCGCCCCCGGUGUGCGGGGAGCCCAACCCCUCGGCUCUGCCGGUGGAUGGGCACUACCCAGCGGCUCUGGCCAAACCGGAGCCCCCCCCGGGCUGUCUGUGCCGCACCCCGAGCUGCGAUGGGUGCCCGGGGGUGCCCAACCCCUUCGAGCCCACCCUGGGCACGGCCGGGGGGCGUUUUCCGUGCCCCCCCAGCAACCACACCAAGCUGAAGAAGACGUGGCUGACGCGGCACUCGGAGCAGUCGCUGCCUCGCUCCAAAGCUUCCCGGCGGGACGGGGGUCCCGAGACCCCCGGGGAGGGCAAACGCUCGGCCAAACGCCCCCACGGCACCCCCGAUGGGCUCCGCUCUGCCGGAGAGGGCGCCGGGCCGGCCAAGAGGGGCACCGAGGCCGCGGCGUGCCCGGGGGAUGGCACGGAGGGCGCGGGGCACCCCGAGGAGAGGAGGAUGGAGCUGGGAGAUGAAGACGCGCCGGGCCGUGCGGGGGAGCGGCGGUGCCUGCAGAGCCUGCCCUGCACGGCGCUGCCCCCCACCAUCCCCCGCUGCUGUGCCUGCGCCCCCCGCACCAGGGGGGACCCCCGGGCCGAGGAGGAGGAGGAGGAGCCCCCCGAGAGCACCUGCAGGCUGCUGCACUUCCGCAGGCUGGCCCUGGGGGACCGCGGGGAGCUGAGCGCCGCUGGCCUCUGCAGCCUGGCGGAGGCCGAGGGGGAUCCGCCGGACGGGGCUGGCCCCGAGCCGGGGCUCCGGAGCGUGGGGAGCGCGACCGUGGGGAGCAGAACCGUGGGGAGCAGAACCGUGGGGAGCAGCCUCUGCCUGGCCAAGUACCUGCUGGGGGUCCUGGGGGACCCUUUCUGCGCCGCCGUCCGCAGGGACAGGGACGCGUGGCCCGGAGCCCCCGGCGGGCCCGGGGGGGUGACGGGCUGGAGGAGGGGGGAAGGAGCCCCCCAGCUCUGUGACGCCUGCCAGCGUGGCUUCUUCAACUCGCACUGGAGCUGCGCCAGAUGUGGCUUCCAGCUGUGCCCCGACUGCCACCGCAGCGGGCGGGAGGAGAGUGGCCCUGAGGGUCCAGCGGAGUGCAGCCCCGGGCGGGACCACCGCGUGUCAUCGCUGGUCCCCACGCAGUUCGUCCCCACCGGCGUCCUGCGCGGCUCUGGAAGCUCCUACACGAGGUCAGGGCCAAGUUUGGCAUCGAGUCGCACUGUCCCUGCGGGGAGGGGACAGCGGAGCAGAGCCCGGCGGAGCCCCCGGGUGGGCAGGAGCCGCCGGGGGCCGCGGUGCCCACCCUGCCCCUCCGCAGCCACGGCCCCGCCGACCCCUCCCGGCCCACCGAGGAAGAGAGCCCCGAGCGGGGGGCGCCGUGCCCGGGGCAGCCCCCGGAGCGGGGGGGGGCCCGCGCAGGCCGCGACCCUCCGCGACCUCCUGGCCUCCACCGCCGUGAAGCUGUGCCCGGGGCAGGACGGGGUGCGCAUGGCCUUCGCCCCCGUGGCACCGGCGCUGCCCGGCGACGAUGGGCUGAGCAGCAUCCUGGACACCAUCAUCGCCCGCGUGGUGGAGAGGAAGAUCCAGGAGAGGCCGGCGGGGCCCGGGCAGAGCCCCCCCGGCUCCCCGCAGCCCCCCGCGUCCCCCCGCACCCUCACCCCCAGCGGGCUGCUCUGGCUGCGCCACCCCAGCGACUACAAAUCCUUCCAGGAGCACUGGAGGCAGGGCCAGCCCGUGCUGGUGUCGGGGCUGCAGAAGAAACUGGAGCCGCGGCUCUGGGCGCCCGAAUCCUUCCAGCGCUCGGGGCAGGAGGAGGAGGAGGAGGAGGAGGAGGUGGAGGCGGUGAACCUGCGGGCACCGCCGAGCCGAGUCCGGAUCAGCAGCCGCGAGUUUUGGGGUGGCUUUGCCGCCAGCGCAGCGUGCCCCGAGCAGGAGCAGGGCAGCGGGGCCCUGCUGAAGCUGGAACGCGGCUUUGGGGACACGGAGCUGAGCCGGGUCACCAACCUGCGGGCCAGCCUGCCCCUGCCCGAGUACUGCGGGGCCAGCGGCCGCCUCAACCUGGCCACCUUCCUGCGGGGCCAGCGCCGGCUGCGCCCGCGCCUCUGCGCCGCCUACGGUGCGCAUCCUCAGGAGCGGAAUUUGGGCACCAAAGCGCUGACGGUGGAAGCGCUGGACUCCAUCAGCGUCCUGACCCACGCAGCGCCGGCUCCGCGGGAGCCGCUCCUGGCAGCGGACGCGGCCGAGCUGGAGGCGCCGCUGCGGGAGCGGCUGCGGGGCAGCGGCGGGCGCGGUGCCCUGUGGCACAUCUUCCGCGCCGAGGAUGCCACCCGGAUCCGCGAUUUUCUGCUCCAGGCAGCCCCGGAGCCGGGGCAGGGCGGGGAGGCAGCGGCGGAGCCCACCGGGCGUUAUUUGGAAGCGGAGCUGCGGCGGCGGCUGCGGGAGGAGCGCGGGGUGAGCGGCUGGAGCCUCCUGCAGCUCCCGGGGGACGCCGUGCUGGUCCCCGCCGGGGCUCCCCACCAGGUGCGGAGCCUCAGCGGCACCAUCAGCGUGGAGCAGCAGUUCCUGUCCCCGGAGAGCGCCGUGCGCCUCCGCCAGCUCGGUACCGGGGCUCCGCCGCACCUCCGUGCCCAGGUGGGGGUUCUGGGGGAAAUUUGGGGGGCUCGGGGUGGGCUGAGCGGGGGGCUGAGCCCCAUCUUUGCGCCCUCGCAGCUGGACGGGAUGAUGCUCGCCGCCGUGCGGGAGGCACUGGAGGUCCUGCGGGGCUGCCAGUGAGGGAACGGAGCGAUACCGGGAGCACCGGGCACCGGGGGGACACCGGGAGCACCGGGCACGGAGCGACACCGGGAGCACGGGGGGA